AUGGCCAACCAAGCCGAUUUCAAGAACCGAGAAUUCCUUGCCGUCAUUGGUGACGAGGACUCGGUAACGGGCUUGCUACUCGCAGGCAUCGGCCACGUCACAGCUGGCGCCGACGCCCAAAAGAACUUCCUGGUUGUGGAUAGCAAAACGGACACAGCGGCCAUCGAAUCGGCCUUUGAUCGAUUCACCCAGGACCGAAAUGACAUCGGCAUCGUCUUGAUCAACCAACACAUUGCGGACCGGAUACGGCACAGAAUUGACACAUAUACCGCCGCCUUUCCGACUGUUCUGGAAAUUCCCAGCAAAGACCACCCAUACGAUCCCGAAAAAGACAGCGUUUUAAGACGGGUCCGUCGCCUGUUUGGGGAGUAA